UACGAUUUCCGAACGCGUCAUCAGAGUGAGGAGUUGUGACCCAUCGAUUGAUGUUGAAGAAUAUAAGCAGAUUUUUGGAAGUUUUGUCGUCUUUGAAUGAUUUUUGUUUGUCAUUGUUUUUCUCAUUACGUUAAAUUUGGUGAAUACAUCUAAACAAUGGAUAGAAGUACACGCUGUGACGUGCCUACUGCCCCAACAGAUCAGCGUCCACCUAUUUCUGCUGUCAGUCUGACAGUUACUCUUCCCGCUACUGCAUUGCCUCAAACUGAAAUGACAACUGUUGGACUGCCAUCUUCAAUUCGAGGCCAAGAUCAGGCUGAUGAAGAAGAUAUUCCUCCCCCAAAGCCGGAUUUUUCUGCUCCCCCACCGUAUGAGGUCGCUACAAAGUUACCAACUUAUGAAGAAGUUCAGCGGGAGAAAACUUUGGAAGGUGAACACACAUCAUCACCUCGAGUACCAUUAGCCUUCCUAGCUAUUGAUACAGAAUCUCCAGAUGGAGACAGUGAUUCAGGGCUUUUGGGAACAGACUUUAUGUUCUUCACAGCAUUUUUAGUUGCAUUCCUGUUCAAUUGGAUUGGUUUCCUGCUGCUGAUGUGUUUCUGUCACACAGUUGCUGCUCGUUACGGAGCCUUAUCUGGAUUUGGACUGUCCCUGGCUAAGUGGACACUUAUUGUCAAGCACUCAACUGAUUUGGCUUCCCGUGAAAACAGUUGGCUUUGGUGGCUCAUAAUGGCUUUUGGACUCUUAAUUUGUGUUCGUGCCAUCAUCCAGUAUUUGAACAUCAAGCGAGGAUGGCGUCUUCUGUCAGGAAGUGCUCAGGAGCGACUGCUCUUCUUCUACUAAGGCUCACUAUUAAUAAUCUUUCCGCUUGUACAGUAAACUCAUCCUGAGAUUAUAAAAAUCCCAACAGUUGGCUUCUAUGUAGGCAUGGAAAGUAAUUGAUGUUACUAUUAUUAUUAUUAUUAAUUUUUUCAUAUAACAUAUUUACCUGUAUUGUCCAGGAAUAGGCAUUUUAAAUCCCUGGUGUCAGGUGUAACUUGGAGGUAAUGGUAUUAAUAUUGCUGAAAACAGUGCUCGGCCAGCUUGACCAUUGAUAUGUGCAGUUGUAGUGUAAUGCAGUCCAUGAACUUUACUACAUUUCUUUAUUUUUACCAAAAUAUUUCUGGUCUAAAAUUUCUUAAUAUUGACAGUCUGCAUGAUACAUGUGUAGUAUGUGGCAGUCAUAUAAUUUUGAGACAUUUCAUUUUGCUGUAAUUUUUGUGUUUCAACUGUUCAGAUUUCUGCAUUGGCUUUUCAUAACUUAAAAGAAGUAUUUGCAAAUCACCAACUGCAACACUUUGAAUGAACUGGAAAACUUUGGCUUCUGUCUAAAUAGCACAACCAUGAAACUUGUUGUGUUUGGUCACACUUAAUGCCGUUGGCAAAGAAUGAUAAUCGAAGAUUCUUAAACUCUUUUUUUAUUUCCUCUCUGAAGACUUUUGACAUCAUCACUUUCCAAUACAGAUACACCUUUGGAAGCCUUGUGUCAACAGACUUUUGAAGUUACUCAUGAUUGCAUACAGAGUGUUUGGUCUGUAUGUUUGGCUUCUGUUGUUGUAGUUCUGUACAGGAACAAGACAUUGCAGAAGUAGAUCCAAAAGGGUUCUGAUUGUGGUGUAUAAUAUCUCAGAAUUACUGGGUUAUCAUACUUUGUUCAUGCUCCAGUAUUCUGGAAACUAGAAGACCUCAGUUGUCUGGUAUUCUAGAAACUAGAAGACUUAUAGUUUCUAGAAGACCGGAUGAUGGACAAAGUCCGAAAACCCAGUAAUUCUGAUCAGAUUGCAGAAGUUUCAUCUUUUCACAUGCACUAACAGUUUUUUAAUUUACAAGAUUUGUAGCUGGCAUGAGUGAGGUUGGAAAUAGGAUGGGAAAGGUUUAAGAAGAGACAAAAAAAGUGGCAUUGAACAAUUGUAGCAUAGCAGGCUUACAGUCAUAAGCUCAGCUUAGUCAGGAAAGUCAGAAAUAUACUAAUUUUCAUAAAUCCUGACAUAUAAAGUUGGUCUGUUGGUAACUGUAACUGCUCUUGUCUACAGUGCAGGUUGGCCAUUACACUCCUGCUGCAAAGUUCUGUCCCCCCCACCCCGCUUAAAAUUGUUUAAUUUCUCUCUUGUUUCCUGAUAUGGUAAUACCAAAAUAUAAUGAGAAAUAUGCUUACAAUCAUGUGUUACUUUACUUUGGCUUCAUAAAUUGGAGGAUACCUGUGUCAUAGCUGAGACAAUUGGUCGUCUGCUUCCACCUUCAGUGGACUCGGUUCAGUCCCAGGUCAGUUAUGUGUGAUUUGUGAUGGACAAGUGGCCCUGAAGUGGUUGGUUUCCUGCCUGUUUCCUAUUUCCUUGUCCCUCUUUGUACUGCAAACCAAAUAUGGGAAAUCUGAAGGUAUUAAAAAAUUUGCUGUAUAGACUUUCCAAUAUGUAUGUGGCCGUUCGUGUGGUGCACAAGUACUGUGAUAGGUUUUUUGGCUGUAGUUCAGUUCCUUAUUGAUUGUUUUUAAUUACAAGUAAAUUUAAUUUUUUAAUUUGGCUGUUAUUCCUUCUCUAAACUUUUGCCUACUGUGUGUUGUGGUACUGCCAAGAAAAGCAACUAUGUCCUUGGCAUAGGGAUUGUGUUUUAUACAAGCAAAACUAAUAAAAGAAUUACAAAAUUCUGUCAUUUCUGAUGUGCUUCUCUAUCAGUUUUAUUUAUAUCCCUAAUUAUUGUUAAUCAUUCGUAAUAUCAUAGUGGAUAGACAGGCAAUUUAAUCAAAUAUUUUCCGUGUUGAAUAUAGAGGUGACUCUGUUUGGAUGUAAUUUUGCUACUUUUAGGAAGGGUGGAGUGACAGGUGUCAUUAAUAUCACCAAUCCGGCCAUCUGUUUGCUUUCUGCAUACAUCACAAAUGUGUAGUAAGACACCUAAUUGCCCAUCAAGUAUAUACUAAGUGUGGGGAUUAAAAAAUUCAAAUUUUUUUGUGAAGUAGUGAACUAAGUUUGACAAUUUUUUAUUUUCAUUUGUUUUUAUGUAAUUUUUAUUUCCAUUUGUUUUUUAUGUAGUCUUCAUCUGUUUUUUAUUAAGAGAAAUGCACUACUUUAUGUAUUUCUAAGUCUCAGUAGCCAUUUAUUUAUCUCUCCAUAUGAUAUACUGUCCUCUUGUGAAGAAAAGGCGAGGCAAAUGGUCAACUUUGGCUAUUCUGGUGUUCGUUUAGGGAUACAUUGAGCUGAAGUGUACCAAGGAUAUUGGUAAGAAUCACCCAAGAAUCGUGCAUAUGUUUUCAGCUUGCCCCACUACGUGCAGGCAGACCUUGUUAAUUUCCUUGUCUUCUCUUCAUUGGAGGAUAGUAGUUUCAUAAUUGUAAGGUAUCUGGAUUAACAUGAGUUGUUUGAAAGAGCAUUGUAAGUCAGUGUAAUUGUGUUUUCAUGGAGGUAAAAAUUCAAGUUAUAAUAUAGACAGAAUAAUCAUGUGAAAAGAUUGUGGGAGUUUGAUGAAAGACUGUUAAUAAUUUGGGCCUCAGUAUUCAUUUUUAAGAGAGACUUCCAAGUUGUUUAAUUGUACCAUAAAUUCCCUUUGUCAUCACAGAACUACAGAUAAGUUAUUGGUUCUGUGUACAAAUAAUUUUCAUAUGUUCAUAACCAUAAACUAAGUUGUCACACGGCAGACUGUCAUGAUGCUAAUUCUGUGUUAUUCUGUUAAACAGUAACAGCAGAAGGCUCUGUGAAUUUCAUUACAUGAGUUGGCACAACUCUGUGCAGUGACUAGCUACAAGCUAGGUGACCUGCAUUUGAUUCCUGACAGGGAAAGGAAUAUAUCUCCAUCACCUUAUCCACAAUGGCUCUGGGAUCCACCCACCCUCUUAUUCAAGGUACUGGGGCUCUUUCCCAUGGGGUAAAGCAAUUGCAGAGUGAAGCUGACAGCUCAUCUCCAUCUAGGGCUGAGAUUGGUAUAUGUUAGGAAAUACCUCCCUCCCCCUAUAUCUUGAUGGCAUGAUUAAUUAAAGGACAGCUUAUGGACUUUAUUAAUUCACAGAAUAAGGGUUUAAUAAGCCAUAAAUGGAAUCAGCUGUUUGUAUUAUAUGAAUAAUAGUUUUAAAGUUAGCAGGAAUGCAAAUAGAAACAAGAAGGGAGAAUGAUUUUCAGUGUACUUAAGAGAGUAACUCUUUAUCCAGAGGAUAUACUGGGCUCUUCUGUCCAAAGUGAAAUUUGUGUGAAUAUACAGGGUUAUUCAUAAGUCUGUGAAUGUUUUGUAAAUUUACAAUAAAUAAACUACGCAAUGCAUACUAAAUUUUAUUACACUGAAAUAGAGAUAAACUCACCGAGUUUUUUGUACAUAGUUCACAGAUACUCAAUAUGUCCACCUUUGCUGAUAACGGCAGACAUCUAUGCGAUAAUCCAUUUCGUCCCACACCCAUGUCAGCAUAUGGUUGACCAGAGCCACAGCAGCUGUGAUACAGUUGCAAAGAUCCCUGAGAUUAGCAGGCAGUGGAGACUUUUAAAGAAAACUUGGAGAGAUUCAUUCUCUAUCAGUGUAAGAAUUACCAUGAUCUGAUGCAUAGUUUAUUUGUUGUGAAUUUUUAAAAUGUUUCACGGACUUGUGAAUAACCCUGUAUUAUUUAUGUCUGUGUUCCUCUUUAACAUAUAAAGUUUGGAAAAGAUGUGUGAAUUCCAAGCAAAAUUUAAAUUUAUGAAGUACGUUACUUGUAUGAUAAUGUUACUUUGCAGUGCUAUCAGUAAUCAGAAUGUAGCAUCAAGUAGCACUGUAAUUGAUAAAUGAUAAACUGAAAAAAUUUUGGAAGGAAUCAUUUGUGGCCUAGUUGAAAUGCUAUUCCAGCAUUUGCCUGAGGGUCUGAGGGAACCUUUGAAGAUUGUUGGUCAGGAUAGCAAGUUUCCUGGCAGAGAUUCGAACUGAGCAUGUCCCAAAUACAGGUCCAGAACAUUACUGCUGUCUGAACAGUAUUAUUUGCUAAUUGCUGAUCUUUGUUUUUUGCAAACAGUGGAUUACCCUUAUGCAAUUUUAAAACCCUGGAAGAGCCUGGCAUUUGAUCUGAAAAAUAUAUACCUGAUUCAUACAAUGUGACCACAAAGAAACUUAACAUCUCUAUAAGUGUGUAGUAGUUUAAGUUCAUUAUAGACAAUUUCAUCAGGAAGAAAAGGAACACUGCUAGGCAGCUGAAGUUUAUUGUUUUCUUGGAUGUGACCCCUGUAACAGUCUAACAGAGUACAUCACAUCCCACCAAGACCGCAAUAUUUUUCAUAGUCACUGCCUUGACAGCCUCAUAUCUUGCACAAUUGUUUGUAUGUUUGCAUGCUUAUUUUUACAUUCAAGUGUUGUGCAAGAAUAGGUGUUCAUAUUUUUAAUAUCGUCAAGAUCAAUAUAUCUCUGAUGUCUCAGCGUAUGUUGACUGAUUGAAAUCCAGUUGCCUUCACAUAAUGUAAGUAUUUGGGGUGGGGGGACAGGUAUUUUGUCUUGUUUCAUUAUGAACUUUAUUUUAAUUUGUAGUAACAAGACUCUAGUGAAUCUGUUAAGAAUCUGUGAUUGAUUUUGAAAAGCUACGGAUUUUUGGUAUAAUAAUAUGGUUUUGAAAGGAUUUGAUUUUAAAUUAUAACAAUUUGUUGAGUUGUAGGUCUGUAAUAUAGGUAGGUUGUGUGAUGAGGCAGAUUGCUAGAUGCUUUCUUCUCGUCCUUCAUUUUCAGUCCUGAGUGGCUUCAUGUGAGAUUCUUGGUUUACAAAUUAGCACUGGAGCAGGUUUUUCUUCGACUUUCUUCAGUUUUUACCCACUGUCAUUCCACUGAAACGUAUUUGUGAAUGAGAAAACUGCAUCUGAUAAUUAUCACAGACUUAUGAUAAAGGAGAGAAAUUUACAUUUACAAGGAAUAUAAACUGUAACAGUAGUCUGUAGGUAAGCAAGUUGCAUAUAAGUGUGUGAUGGUUUGCAAUUAAAUUGUAACUAUCAUGGCAUUGCUAUAAGCUGCCACUGAAUUACAAGAAGUAGCUUUUUGGAUUUUUUUUCUUUCUUGUAGAGUUCUUUAAUUGAUGUCUUUUGUUCAUUGCCCUUCCAGAAUUUCUACCAUGUGUAUAUAGAACACUGCUAGUUUUCAUUUUAAUGUACUUGCUUGUAGCCAGCAAUAGCUUGGAGGGAAUGUUUGAGGUAAUAUACGCUGGGAUAUGAGUUCUUAAUUUAUGUGAUGUUUUUUAGAAAUGUGUCUGGUGUGUAAUCACUUGUGUAUCACAUCUCUACAAAUAAUUUCUGCUGUGUACUUCUGAUUCUAAUGUAAAUGUAGUUGUAUUAGUUUUCUGAAGGAUAAUGUUAAUGUCAGCAUCAGAAGUAUUAUUAUGAUUUUUAAGUUACCUUGAAGCUGGCGAAAAUGAACUUGUAAAAAAUUAUCUCUUGACUCCAUUUAAUGUGAUGUAAUAAUUCUUCAACCUGAUGUUGUAGUGGUUCUGUUUCUUUGCGUCUUGGUAUUUGUAGCUUCAUAGAUGAAGAGAGAAGGGUUUUGUGGAAUGUAUAUAAUGUUGAGAAGAUUAUUUUCAAAGUAUACAGUUGAGUUUACCUGCCUGCCUGCCUGCUUCCUGUAGCCAAGCUUGUAAAAUGUAAACCACAGAAUGAUAGUUGCAAUGAAUCCAGUAAUUUAUUUUCAAGGAGUACUAUAGAUUAUUUCUUCACAUGCUGUCAGUAUAUUUCAUUAUCUGUAAUAGUAAGUGCUAGACGUGGAAAAUGAAGUGUGUUUUCUGCUUUUGUAAUAUAACUAUCAUCAGAUUAUAGCAGCGGUAAUUCAUUUAGAGCGUGUAAGGAAGAAUAUGGAUGCAGGCAUUUUGUGAUUGUAGUCUGGAGCCUUUCUGCUGGUAUUCUUCCCAGCAUGUUGCCCAAUUCUUUGCAAAUAAAUUUGAAUCUUAAAAAAUAUGUUUUGCAUUUGGCAAAAGUUUCUGUUGAAUUUAAAAUAUUUAAUAAAUAAAAUUCAUGGUGAAAGGAAAUUCCACUUUUCUAGGAUAAUUAAGACAUUUUUGGUGAAAAUUAUGUGUUAGCAUUUUAACUUUAACAAUUCAGAGGUUGUCAUACAUUAAAUACACAGUUGGUUUAAACAGGUUGCGUAAAUUCGUGUAUUUUGUUCAGGUAUUAAAUAAAUGUAUUUGUUACCGUUCA